AUGGUGAGUGCAAACUUCACUCAAGUAAUCCACAACGACACAUACCCUUUCAUUGAUUCGAGGGCCAAGUCAAAUCAUACCGGCAGGGCCGUUUUCAUUACUGGAGGGAAUCGUGGGAUCGGGAAGGCAAUUGCCAUAUCAUUUGCCCAAGCCGGGGCGUCGUUCAUCGGCCUAGGGUGUCCUGACGGCUUCGGAGAUCCUCCUGUCAGUAUCGAGAUCGAGAAUGCAGCGAAGCAAUGCGGUAGACCUCCUCCCACGGUUCUCCUACUUGAUUUGGAUGUGACAGACAGUGCCUCCGUUGCAGCGGCGGCAGCUAGAGUGCAGAAAUCUUCACAGAGGCUGGAUGUCCUGGUGAACAACGCCGGGUUCAUGACCCCGGCACUGCCGAUUGUGGAAGCCAAGAUUGACUCGUGGUGGAAGACGCUUGAAGUCAACUUGAGGGGGACUUUCCUGAUGUGCAAGUUCUUUACACCGCUCUUGAAUGGGACAGCGGACGGCCUACAGACCCUCGUCAACGUCAACUCAGUGGCGGCUCAUAACCUCCGCCCCGAGGCAAGCGCAUACGGCACGUCCAAGUUCGCCAUCCUCAAACUCACCGAGUUCCUCCUGGUGGAACAGAGGAUGCAGGGGUUGCUCGCCUUCUCAGUGCAUCCCGGGGGAGUCAUGACUCAGCUAGCCGGAGCAAUGCCUAAGGAGACACACGCGAGUUUUACGGACAGUCCGUCAUUGGCUGGGGAUACUAUCGCUUUUCUCACGAGCGAACGACGAGAAUGGCUCGCCGGAAGGUAUCUGAGCUGUACUUGGGAUAUGGAGGAGCUGCUUGCAAGGCAAAAGGAGAUAGAAGAGGGUGACAAGUUAAAAGUGCGGCUUGUCCUGUAG